AUGAGCCGAGGUCAUUUUCGCGCAAUCCAUAAGUUACAGCUCUGCGGCUACCCUCAUUCAGUAUCCGGUGAGGCCAAAUUAACGUAUCCGUUCCACCCGCCUUUUCACAUGAAAUUGAAGCUGUCGGCAUCCGAUGUGAACAUGUCCGUCAUACGAAGCACGAAAGCAUACAUUCUUUUCGCAUAUGCUUCGAAAUUGCCAGUUGAUGCUUGUUUAGCCAGUCCAAAAGCAAUGGCUCCAGUCUUUCAAUUUGAGGUUGGUGGUGAGGUCUACAUGCAGCGGAAUGGCAGUUUUCGAUCCACGGAAUUACAUCACCGUCCCUUUUGUCCACAUGAAGCUGGGAUAUUUGGAGAUUCGCUCAACCCAGACGUUCCAUACAAAGUCUUGCCCUUGACUCUGGCGGACACAGCCUCAAAGGUUGUUCGAAUGACAUUGUCCCGAUACGGCUUCACAUUGCUUGGCCACCAUGCCGAGGAGGCUGGAAGACAAGCGGUCAAUCCUGACGACUACUGCUUGGUGGUCGUAAAUAUUCCGCCCAGAGGCGAGAAACUCCCGUGA